UUCCCAUCCCAGUCUGUCCCCGGCGCUGCUGCCUGCUAGUGGCCACAGUCCCCACAACCAGUGGAUUAUUGAGAGGCGGCCGAGACCGAGCAGAGAAGACAGGGCUGCACCGUAGACGUACGCGGGGAUCCUGCGCUCAGAGUGGCACACGUAAGAGGCAGUGGAUUUACAAAGCAUGGGGGAGAUGGAGCAGCAGACAGCAGCCUCUCGGUUAGGUGCUCCCGAGAGUGCUGGCAUCAGUACUUUAGAACAUGGAACCAAGCCACCUCUGUCACCACAUGGCAAGUCUUUUCCAUUCAAAGUCCAAAUGUUGGAUGACACGCAGGAAACUAUUGAAGCACCGCUAAGAGCCCCUGGAAAAGCACUUCUAGAUGCUGUCUUUAGCCACCUAAACCUAGUUGAAGGUGAUUACUUUGGACUGGAGUUUCAGGACCAUAGGAAAAUAAUGGUAUGGUUGGACCUGCUGAAACCGAUUAUUAAGCAAGUUAGAAGACCUAAAACUAUGGUUUUGAAGUUUGUUGUAAAAUUUUUCCCACCUGAUCACACUCAACUUCAAGAAGAAUUGACAAGGUACCUCUUUGCUCUUCAAGUGAAACAGGAUUUAGCACAAGGCAAGCUAACAUGUAAUGAAAGCAGUGCUGAUCUCCUCAUCUCACACAUUGUUCAGUCUGAGGUUGGAGAUUUUGAUGAGGCUGUUGACCGGGAACAUUUAGCCAAAAACACUUAUAUGCCCCAACAAGACGCUCUGGAAGAAAAGAUCAUGGAGUAUCAUCGAAAUCACUUUGGACAGACACCAGCCGAAUCAGAUUUCCAACUUCUGGAGGUUGCCCGUCGCUUGGAGAUGUAUGGCAUCAGAUUGCACCCAGCCAAGGAUAGGGAAGGAACUAAAAUCAACCUUGCUGUUGCUAACACAGGAAUCCUAGUAUUUCAGGGUCACACGAAAAUAAACGCAUUUAACUGGGCAAAAGUACGAAAGCUGAGCUUCAAGAGAAAAAGGUUUCUUACCAAGUUACGCCCAGAUGCAAAUAGUUCUUACCAGGAUACUUUGGAAUUCAUGAUGGCUAGCCGGGAUUUCUGCAGGUCAUUCUGGAAAAUAUGUGUCGAGUACCAUGCCUUUUUCAGGCUCUUUGAGGAACCAAAACCAAAGCCAGUUCUUUUCAGUCGAGGUUCUUCUUUUAGAUUCAGUGGCCGAACACAAAAGCAAGUUUUGGAUUAUGUGAAGGAAGGAGGACACAAAAAAGUGCAGUUUGAAAGGAAGCACAGCAAGCUUUGUUCCAUAAGAAGUUUAUCUACCCCUUCAUCUGAACAGAUAGAGGUGCCAAAACAACAGAGCCCUAAGAUAACCCUUAUACAGAGCUCUCAACCAGAUGAGAUACAAACCUUAUCGCCACGCAUAGAAGAGAAGUUAGUGACUGAGGUGCUAAUACAACAUAAAAGUCCCUCUCCCAAUAAAGUACCUUUGGAGAAGAGAGCAAAAGAAGGAGCGCAUUUGACAAUUGAUGGGGAAGACGCUGCCAAAGACCAUAUACAGCAGAAUAUGAAGAAUGCACACCAACCAAGCACAGGUUCUUUAACAGGGAGCCCACACCUUUCAGAACUAUCUAUUAACUCUCAAGAAGGAACGACUGUACUUAACUCGACACUCUCCCCAAACUUAAGUCCUGAUGGAAAGCCUUCUUCCCCACUAAUAAGCCCAUUUUUGAAUGAAUCUAUCUGCAUCAGAACUGAUGAUGAGGAAGAUAGCCGUAAAAAGAAAUUUCCUACAGACAAAGCCUACUAUAUUGCAAAGGAAGUUUCAACUACAGAAUGUACCUAUCUUAAAGAUCUUGAGGUUAUUACUGUGUGGUUUCAGAAUGCAACAAGCAAAGAGGACUCCAUGCCAGAGCAAUUGAAAAACCUAAUUUUCUCCAACUUUGACCCCCUACAUAAAUUCCACUCCAGUUUCCUAAAGGAAGUUGAUCAAAGGCUGGUACUCUGGGAGAGCAGGUCCAACUCGCACAUGAAAAGUGAUAAUCAGAAAGUUGGGGAUGUUAUGCUGAAGAACAUUCAGGGAAUGAAGCAAUUCACAAGUAACCUUCAGAAACACUAUGAAGCACUGAUAGAACUUGAAAAAGCAAUAAAAAAAACUCACGGAAGCUAGAUGUUUUGUGCAGAGACUUUGAGCAAGAAAAGGUGUGCUACCUGCCUCUGAAUAUGUUUUUCCUCCGGCCAUUGCACAGACUGAUGCACUACAAACAGCUCAUGGAGAGGCUCUGCAAACACUACUCUCCAAAUC